UCAUCGGCUUCGGCCUGCGAAAGCGAAUGCGAAUGCGGAGAGAGUUAGUUCGUCUGUGUUUUUCCGAUUUCUGAGUGCGGCUGCAGCACAGCAGGAAAAGUCGUGUGACAUUUUGCCAAAACGAAAUUUAUGUGCAACGAAAUGCAAGAGCUGCAAAUAAACCAAAGUAUGGCGCUCAAGUAAAACACAACACAACACAAAACAUUCCACACAAAAACCCGGCACAACUCGACAACAGCGAAAAACAGCUAGAGGGGCGGCAGAGGACUCCACACAUAUUGUUGUUGUUGUUGCCGUUGUUUUCGGCAACUUACCAAGGAGGUCCUCCCACCACACCAGACCCCACCACACCACACCACACAGUAGCCUAGAUUCCAAGAUGACGGAGCAAAAGAAUCAAGUGACACGUGCGGCGCCCGAACAGAGCAACGACUAUCGAGUGGUGGUCUUUGGUGCCGGUGGCGUUGGCAAAAGUUCCCUUGUGCUGCGCUUCAUCAAGGGCACAUUCCGCGAGAGCUAUAUACCCACCAUCGAGGACACUUACCGACAGGUGAUCAGCUGCAAUAAGAACAUUUGCACAUUGCAAAUUACGGAUACGACGGGUUCACAUCAGUUCCCCGCCAUGCAGCGUUUGUCCAUCUCCAAGGGUCACGCCUUCAUUCUGGUCUAUUCGGUGUGCUCCAAACAGAGUCUCGAGGAAUUGCGACCCAUUUGGGCGCUAAUCAAAGAGCUGAAGGGUGAUGUGAAUUCGAUACCCGUGAUGCUGGUGGGCAAUAAAUGCGAUGAGAGCACCGAGCUGCGUGAGGUGUCGCAAAUUGAGGGGCAAGCGCAGGCCACCACUUGGAGCAUAUCAUUCAUGGAGACGUCGGCCAAGACCAAUCACAAUGUCACCGAGCUGUUUCAGGAGCUGCUCAACAUGGAGAAGACGCGCACCGUCUCGCUGCAGUUGGAUACGAAAAAGCAAAAGAAGCAGAAAAAGGAGAAGAAAUGCAAGGAGACAAAUGGUGCCAUACCGGAGAAUGGAGAGGCGGGCGCCAGUGGAGCUGGUGGCGUCAAGGAGAAGUGCGGCGUUAUGUAAAAUGUAAAAUGUUCAAGCAAAACAUGCAUAACACAUGCAUGUAUUAUAUUUGAGGUGACAGACAAAUACUCGCAUUGGGGACAGUUGGCAGUACUCGAGAACUCAUCCCAUAAACACACAUACACAUUACAACCACAUAUGCAUAUAACAUAUACAUAUAUUAUAUAUACCACUUUGGGACUGAUGUUAUCAGAGAACACAACCUGCAUACCAAACAAAAAAAACCAAAAAACAGAAAUGAAAAUAUAUUAUUAAUUAUAGAUGAAUAAUAGGACAAGCAUUACAAGUAUAUUUUGCAUACAUAGAUUUUAUCCCCAACAUCUUUUAGAAGAUGAUCAACAUAACUUCUCCCUCCCCACCCCCACACACCCAAAUCGCACCGACAUGCAAAUCAUAUGAAUACAAUUUGAAUUUUGAUUUUUGGGAAAAAACAAUGAAAUGAAAAGAAAUCGAAAGAAAAAACUAUUACAUCUGAAACGUAACGGCAUACAUAUCAAAUACACAUAAACAUACUUUGCAUACAUCGCAUGACAUACUCGCACAUACUAUAAGAUCAGCAUUAUACUGGAUAUGAUCAUAAUGAUAAUGAUAAUGAUAUAUGAAUAUCUCAAAUGAAAAGCCAAAGUACCUACAUAUUUAAACGUAAUAAGACAUACAAUUUUUAUCUAACUAACUAACAAUCUAUCUACUAAAUGAUAAACCAAAAACAAAAUACCAAAAUACUAAAAACCAAUUACAAUGUGUAUUUACAUAAAACAAAACAACCUUCAUUAACUUAAAACAGAAGACAAAUACAAAAGCAAACAAAAUACUUAAGACAAUUAUAUGGAGCAUUUGUACUGGGAACAGAACGGAAUCAAAUCGAACAGCAGAAUCGAGCAUUUCCGUUCCAUUCCGUUCUGUUCCGUUUGUUGGCAAAAAGUCUCCUUUCUGACUAUCAAUCAAUUGCUGUAUAACUAUUUACCACCAACAAAAUCUAUUAAAAACAAAUUGCUUUACUUUCGUCGCUUGAAAAAUGUAUAAAUAAUACUCAGAAUCAUAGCCAUCUAUCUAACUAUAUAUAUGAGAUGAUCGAACGACAAGAAAUACACGAAAACAAAAGACGCCUAAUUCAUUUCUUCAGAAUUGUUUACUUUCCACUUUCAAAGUUUAGUGCAUAAUGCAUUUUAUUGUAUGUAUAUUUGAAUAUGUAUUCAUUUACAAUUAUUUGCUGAAAUUUAUUAACACUUAAAGUAUAAUGCAGUUAUAAUAAAUUAGCUUUAGUCAAAGGUUCAAGCUUCGCGUGAGGAUCCAAUGUUUGCAUUUGGGAUCCUUACACUAGGCAAUAAGCACAAUUUUUUGCCGCUCAUUAAGAAAUUGUAGAGUUAGUUUUAAUAAACACAAAAUGAAAAAUCGAAAAAAAAAACAAACCAAAAAAUGAGGAAAACUAAACAUCGAAGUUAUCGAAGAAUGUGUGUGCGAAGAAUGGAACAUAUAAGUUGCCUGUUUUUUAAAAACGCAAAUUUUUAAUGAAAAAUGUAUAUCUAUGAUUAACUUGAAGUAAAAACGGUUCACAACAAACAAUAUUAUGGUAUUUAACAAUCGAAAUCGUUGGUUGGCUUGUGCAUAGGUGUAGGAGUUAAAGUCGAUUUGAGGAAUUCAAAUUGUUCGCGUUGUUUUGCUGUUAAUUGAUAUUAAAAUGGCAUUAGUUAUUAUGUAUAAAGAAAUGAUGAUGAUGUAUAUUCCUAUCCAAAACCACGUACACAGUAAACAGUUUCAAUUAACUGAUGUUAAACUAUUGUAAUUAUUCUUAUAGUUAAUUCUUAUUAUAUAUUAUGACUUUGCUCAUUUCUUAUGCACACAGUAAACAUACAAAACAUACACUGAAUAAUAAUGAAGAACGUGAAUGAUAAAGAUCAUACAUCCAUACAUAUUACUAUAUUAAUAUUAUAUACCUAGUACAUACCUAUUAUAUUGUUGAAUUUGUGUAGAAAAAUUAUUAACCAAGAUUUUGAUAGCGGACCAAUUUGCGUAUAAGAUUUCAGAAAUCAAUUUAGAUAAAUUCUCUCGGUUUGCCAUAGUCAACAAAAAAACAAAAA